AUGUGCAAAUAAGAUCUGCCUAUUAAAAGAGUUAAAGAGCGUUCUAUCAAGGAGGCUAAGCAGAAGGUCGAUUAAUGGAGAAGCCUAUAUAAAAAUGGAGAGAUUGAUGCGAAUGGCAAGAAAAUUAAGUACAGCUUAAAUAAAGCUGCCGAGAAGGUAGGAGUUCCAAAAAAAUCCUUAGAGGAUUAUCGUUAUCUAUUAAGGAAAGCCUAAGGUUUAGUUGAUUUCAAUAAUGUUGGAGACAAGAGGAUGGGGUUUUUGCGUCUCUUGCUUAAACAGUAAGAAUACAUAAAAAAGAGAAUGGCACCGGCUCACUAAAAAAUCUUUAUUGAUGAAAGAUCUCAGAUGCAUGAACCAUAGCAUCAAAACAAUUUUGUAGAUAUGAUUGUAGAAGGAGAUACAGUCAAGUAAAUUAGGGAUAAUGAGUAUUUGGAUUAUUCAUAUGUCCUACCGCAUGUUUAAUCCACCAUUGAGGAACAUGAAGGAAUUCAUGAAAAGCAGAUGAAUAUCACUAAUACAGAUUAUGAAUGUUAAAAUGGACAACUAGUUUUAAAUUGA